AUGCUCCGGCGAGGUCUGUGGCGAUAUCGCCGCAUCAGCUACGUAACGGAUGUGGAGGGGGACUUUGCGUACUUUCAGCGCUUCGUCUGUCUCUCGCGAGUGCUUCGGUGGGAACCGGCGGAAGCUGCGGUCUCCGCCAACCCUCCCCACCCUUCCGCCGGGAGCAGCAACGGCUCGAGAGCCGCGAAUGAUCGGUGGGCCCCCCUGUCGUCUGUCGCGCCUACAGCUCCCUCGGGGGAGUUCCCAGCAAGCGAUGCUGCGGCCAACACGCAAGCGCUGCACACCACCACCACCACUGCCGCCACGGCUGCCUACGAGCCGGGGUAUUGCCGUCUUGUAGACCUCUCUCGCUAUCGUCUAGGCUUCCAAGACGCGACCUCGCACUUCGUCUUUGGUGGCGACGCCUUCGACCACGGCAGCGACAUCACGUUUGGCAAGGCGCUGCUCGACUUCAAGCGCCGCUUCCCAUCACGCGUGCACCUGCUGCUUGGGAACCGGGACGUGAACAAGAUGGCCAUGUACCCGCGCAUGGCGUGCGAGGUCGCAGGCAUGACCCCCGACGCAGCCGAGAACGCCGUCUUCACGCUACUGCCGCCAUCGACGAAGACCGUCAGGGCGACGUCGAUGGCGACAGCGCUGCGGUACCGAGACUUCCUACUCGAGCAGCGACAGCGAGAAGAAUCGCAACGGCAGGGCGGCGCAGGGCACGCUGCAUCAAGCCCAUGCGGUGGCACUUCUAGCGACAGCAGCGGCGAUACCCUGCGCGCAGACGCCGUUUCUUUCCUGCAGUGGGCAUUGCAGUACAAGCUCGGCGGCCCGAACGCCUUUGCUCACCGGCGGCAGGAGCUGCGCGAGAUGGCAGCCAUGAUGACCGAAGGGUGUGGGGCGGUGACGGCAGCACCCCCCGCAGCUGGUGCGGAGGCUAUGAGGGACGGCAUUGCGUAUGACGAGGACGCCGUGGUUGCCGCCUCGUUCUUCACUGCCGCGCAGCCCGGAGGCGUCUACUACGAGUACAUCCGCGUCGGCGUCCUCAGCGUCGUCCUGGACGGCAUUCUUUUCGUUCACGGAGGCGUGAACACCAGCAACGCCGGCUUUGUGCCAAGCCUGGAGGCGACCUCCUACGCGGAGCAGGUGACCGCUGGGCAGUGGUGGCUGCCAGAGGUGGCUCCGCAGGAGGUGGCAACCACGCCGACUGCGACCUCGGCGACGGGCUGGCUCGCUGCCUUGGAGCGGUUCAAAGCCGCCGCCUUUUCCGAUUGGGUGAACGGCGCUGCCCUGCGCGGCGAGGCGCUGCGCGCGUACGUGUACCCCCGUUUUGUGGCCCCGCACUCGAUCGCGGUGGGAACGGUGAUGAACGUAGACGGCCCUCACUACAUACCUCUCACUGUUGUCGCCUACCUUCUCCAGUCCGGCAUCCACACCGUGUGCGGCGGGCACCAGCCGGUCGGCGACACCCCCGCCAUCAUCCGCCAGCCCGGCGGCUUCACGAUCAUAGACGCGGACAACUCCUACUGCGGUCGUGGCAACAAGUUCUGCACGCGGUUCAACCGCCGCGGCGCGGCGGUGAUGGAGCUCUUGUUUGAGCACCCGGACGACCACGGCGGCGACGAAAACGUGGCGCCGCACGACGCGGUGGCGGCGCCAUCGCUGACCGUCCACGGCUACCGUGCCGAUGGUGCGCCGUUUGAGUUCGACGCCUACAGCGACUGGCGCGUCGGGCGUUACGUCGGCGACGGUUGGUGGGUGCGGCUGCCACCAGAGGCCACCGCUGCCACGUCGUCGUUGUCUUUCAGCGGCAGCGAGGCGGCGCACGCGGGACUCUACGAGCUGCGCCGCACCCAGGACGGGUUCCGGCACGAGGAGACGCGGUGGGCCACAGCAGCGGAGGUAGACGCGUGGCUGCGGCAGGCCGCGGCAAGCGGGAAGGCGACGGUGCCAGGAGAGUUGGCGCCGCGGCACACGAAAGAGGAGCUCGCCGAGGUGCUCGCCCACCGCCUCAAGACGAAGGUGAAGCGCACCUGA